AUGUGGGGAGGAGGAAGCAAGAAACCACAGUCGGGUCCUGCACAGGAGAUGGUACAAGUUGGCACGUAUUUUGGCUCCAUCCUGCUCUGCUCUCCCGAGAAGCUGUACUGUGACAAGAAUCCCAGGAACCCGAUUGCUAAUCCCAAAACUACUACUCUCUUGACAAGGAUACAAUUACAGACCGGUCCGAAAGUUCUUUCUGGCGAAGUCGUUCUCCUCAGUCCAAUACUUCCACACCCCAUCGAGAUGGCGCCUACAAGUAACCAUACCUUGCCUCCGGCGGAUUCGCAGACCAAGGUCGUUGGAGCUUCUUACUCCUAUGCUGAUAUGUUGAACUUUGAGAACACUCCUGCCCGACCCAAAACUCCCACCCACUCGAAGCAUAAAUCUACUCCUUCGGGUGGAUCUCAUUCUCCUACUACGGCGGCUGCCAGUUACAAUGCUUUCAUGUCUCAGACAGACGACGACUGGGGCUUGGAUCUCAACGAUGCCUCUGUCCCCAAGGAGACGACAGUCACUGGCGGGCUAGGAAGCAUAGCAAGUAUGGCCGGUGUCACAAGUAUCGAAGGUCGUCCAUCGGGAGCCAAAGGCUCAAAGGGAGCUGGUGGAGGAUACGAGUAUCCGCUCGCCAAAAAAAGGACAAAGGGUCUCAAGGCACAGUUUGAAGGUUUAGUGAGGGACCCCGGAAAUUCAUUACAUAUGAUCUAUCACCCACCAAUAAACACCGACGUCCACUCUUCCGCUGAAAUCGAAGCUAUGAACGCUCGUAUAUCGCGCAUAAAUAAAUUCAAAACCGUCCUACAGUCUUCAACAGUCGACUUAACAAAGCUACGGUCACUAGCUUGGGGUGGAAUUCCCGACGAACUUCGACCUAUGGCCUGGCAACUCCUCCUAGGGUACCUUCCCGCCAAUUCUGACCGGCGAGUAGCCACUCUAGAGCGGAAACGGAAGGAGUAUCUGGAUAGUGCGAAACAGGCGUUUAGUAGAGGUGACGCAGGGAUGGAUCAGACGAUAUGGCACCAGAUAUCAAUCGAUAUUCCAAGGACAAAUCCUCAUAUACCGUUAUACGGUCACAAAACAACGCAGAGGUGCCUAGAGAAGAUACUAUACGUUUGGGCGAUACGGCAUCCGGCGAGCGGGUACGUACAAGGUAUAAACGAUCUUGUAACGCCCUUCUGGCAGGUGUUCCUGAGUGCGUACAUAGAAGGAGAUGUCGAAACAUUUAAUCCGGGUUCAUUACCACCAGAGGUCCUAGACGUCGUCAGUGCAGACUGUUUCUGGUGCCUAACAAAACUUUUAGACGGGAUCCAAGAUAAUUAUAUACAUUCACAGCCUGGGAUACAAAGACAGGUCUCGCAACUACGAGAUCUAGUAAGAAGGAUAGACAGCGGGUUAGCGAAGCAUCUAAAUGAUGUACAAGUCCAGUUUAUUCAGUUCAGCUUUCGAUGGAUGAAUUGUAUGUUGAUGCGAGAGUUCAGCGUGAAGAACGUGAUACGGAUGUGGGAUACAUAUAUGUCGGAAGGUAACUCCGGUUUCUCGGAAUUCCACCUUUACGUCUGUGCGGCAUUUUUAGUGAAAUGGUCAGCAGAGCUUAAAAAGAUGGAUUUCCAAGAAGUCAUGAUGUUCUUACAGUCAUUGCCCACCAAAGAAUGGGGCGAGAAGGAUAUUGGACUGUUAUUGAGUGAAGCUUUUAUGUGGCAAAGCCUAUACAGAAAUUCAUCAGCACAUCUAAGAGACGAUGGAACGACAGUGCAUAAUGAGGAGUUGAAUCUAUAA